AAUCCACCUACCUCAGCCUCCCAAAAUGAGGGACUGUGUCUUAUUCAUUUCCAUGUCCCUAGUCCAUAGCCCAGUGCUGGACCUGUGGUGGUACUAAAUACAUAUUUGUUGGAUGCAAUAGUAAAUAGCAUUUCAGGGAGCAAGAACUAGAUUAACAAAGGUGGUAAAAGGUUUGGAGAAAAAAAUAAUAGUUUAAUUUGGCUAGAAUAUGAGGGAGAGUAGUAGGAGACAAGGCGGAAAGGUCUCUUGGGCAAGGCUUUGAAGGGACUUGGAAGUCAGAAGUACACAAUGUGCAUAUUGUGGUAGGUACUGGGGAGCCAAUGAAGACUUUUGAGCAGUUGAAUAACGUGAUGAAAAAUAAAUAUAGGUUAAACCUAUCAGAGCCCCUCUGACACAUACACUUGCUUUUGAUUCAAGCUCAAAUUUGUCUCCCACAUACCCAGUACUUAACUCACCCUCGGGCUCCCUAGCAGCCUGCCCUACCCCUUUACCUGCUUCCUAGUGGAGUCAGGGAUGUAUACAUAAGCUGCUUUCCCUCUCAGCCAGAGGACAUGGGGGCCCCAGCUCCCCUGCCUUUCCCCUUCUGUGCCUGGAGCUGGGAAGCACGCCAGGGUUAGCUGAGGCUGGCUGGCAAGCAGCUGGGUGGUGCCAGGGAGAGCCUGCAUAGUGCCAGGUGGUGCCUUGGGUUCCAAGCUGAGUCCAUGGCCCUGAUAACCUUCUGCCUGUGCACACACCUGCCCCUCACUCCACCCCCAUCCUGGCUUUGGUAUGGGGGAGGGGGCACAGGGCCAGACAAACCUGUGAGACUUUGGCUCCAUCUCUGCAAAAGGGCGCUCUGUGAGUCAGCCUGCUCCCCUCCAGGCUUGCUCCUCCCCCACCCAGCUCUUGUUUCCAAUGCACGUACAGCCCGUACACACCGUGUGCUGGGACACCCCACUGUCAGCCGCAUGGCUCCCCUGUGCCCCAGCCCCUGGCUCCCUCUGUUGAUCCCAGCCCCUGCUCCAGGCCUCACUGUGCAACUGCUGCUGUCACUGCUGCUUCUGGUGCCUGCCCAUCCCCAGAGGCUGCCCCGGAUGCAGGAGGAUUCCCCGCUGGGAGGAGGCUCUUCUGGGGAAGAUGACCCACUGCAUGAGGAGGAUCUGCUCAGUGAAGAGGAUCCACCCAGAGAGGAGGAUCCACCCAGAGAGGAGGAUCUACCUGAAGUUAAGCCUAAAUCAGAAGAAGAGGGCUCCCUGAAGUUAGAGGAUCUACCUACUGUUGAGGCUCCUGGAGAUCCUCAAGAACCCCAGAAUAAUGCCCACGGGGACAAAGAAGGGGAUAACCAGAGACACUGGCGCUAUGGAGGCGACCCGCCCUGGCCCCAGGUGUCCCCAGCCUGCGCGGGCCGCUUCCAGUCCCCGGUAGAUAUCCGCCCCCAGCUCGCCGCCUUCUGCCCCGCCCUGCGACCCCUGGAACUCCUGGGCUUCGAGCUCCCGCUGCUCCCAGAACUGCGCCUGCGCAACAAUGGCCACAGUGUGCAACUGACCCUCCCUUCCGGGCUAGAGAUGGCUCUGGGUCCCGGGCGGGAGUACCGGGCUCUGCAGCUGCAUCUGCACUGGGGUGCUGCAGGUCGUCCGGGCUCGGAGCACACUGUGGAAGGCCACCGUUUCCCUGCCGAGAUCCACGUGGUUCACCUCAGCACCGCCUAUGCCAGAGUUGAGGAGGCUUUGGGGCGCCCCGGAGGCCUGGCCGUGUUGGCCGCUUUUCUGGAGGAGGGCCCGGAAGAAAACAGUGCCUAUGAGCAGUUGCUGUCUCACUUGGAAGAAAUCGCUGAGGAAGGCUCAGAGACUCAGGUCCCAGGACUGGACGUAUCUGCACUCCUGCCCUCUGACCUCAGCCGCUACUUCCGAUAUGAGGGGUCUCUGACUACACCGCCCUGUGCCCAGGGUGUCAUCUGGACUGUGUUUAACCAGACAGUGAUGCUGAGUGCUAAGCAGCUCCACACCCUCUCUGACGCCCUGUGGGGACCUGGUGACUCUCGGCUACAGCUGAACUUCCGAGUGACGCAGCCUUUGAAUGGGCGAGUGAUUGAGGCCUCCUUCCCUGCUGGAGUGGACAGCAGUCCUCGGGCUGCUGAGCCAGUCCAGCUGAAUUCCUGCCUGGCUGCUGGUGACAUCCUAGCCCUGGUUUUUGGCCUCCUUUUUGCUGUCACCAGCGUCGCCUUCCUUGUGCAGAUGAGAAGGCAACACAGAAGGGGAACCAAAGGGGGUGUGAGCUACCACCCAGCAGAGGUAGCCGAGACUGGAGCCUAGAGGCUGGAUCUUCGAGAAUGUGAGAAGCCAGCCAGAGGCGUCUGAGGGGGAGCCAGUAACUGUCCUGUCCUGCUCAUUAUGCCACUACUUCCUUUUAACUGCCAAGUAAUUUUUUAAAGUAAAUAUUUAUAAUAAAA